UUCACACUUUCUAUUUGAGAAGAAGAUGGUGUGGAGGUUUCUUGCUAUUGUAACCAUUUUCCUUACCUGGCUCCUAAACUAUAAGAAUAAUUUUCCUCAUUUUUUUUCCUCCAAGUCAUAAUGUGGAGAAAAAGGCAGAAUCAGUUCUGGUGAUUUUGAUAGGAUUCCUUUGAUCCUGACAUAACAAGCUUGCUAUCUCUCUCUGUUAUUUUUUUUUUGGCAAGAAGCUCCUAGUGGUGUCAAUGGGACUGUUCUUCUCAGAGAAAUUUCAAAAAUGUCUAUCACUUGCAAAAUUCAAAUAAAUUGAAUAAUUUAAUUGAAAUAUCAACUUGCAAAGCAUCCCUGGCCUGCUCUCGAGUUGCCAUAGGCAAGUGGGAUGGGAAACCGACAAAACAGCACAGCAGCCAGACAGGUGCACAUUCUAGAAUUAUAUCUCUCAAGGCUGUAUCCCAGGGUUACCACAGCGGCCGGAGGGGAGUAAUCUCUACAACCCGCAAAAUUGCUCUGUUGGCGAAUGUGAUUGAUGACACACCAUACGGGGAGGAGGAAAACAAGUGAAAGCACCUUCUACAACAUUCUGCCCUUCUUGUUGGCUGUUCAUGAAGUCAACCAGAAUUCAAGGCUCUUACCCAACAUCACCCUGGGCUACAACAUCUAUGAGAACUUUUUCAGUGCAAGAAUGACAUAUGAGGCCAUGCUGGAUGUGCUGUCUACAGGACAGGAGAACAUCCCAAACUACAGAUGUGGAAGACAAAAGAACCUGCUGGCGAUUCUUGAAGAGAUGGAUUCUGAACUCUUUGAUCAUAUUUCCAAUGUCCUGAGCAUCUAUAAAAUUCCACAGGUAUAAAGCCAAAUGAAACUAAUUCCGUGUUGUAAAUUGUUCACAUUUGCCUAGAAAGCAGCACUUGUAUAUAUUUCUCCAAAUAAAUUGAAAGUCA